AGACGAGACCGGCAGGGCGCCCAGGCAUGCAUACACUGCAGAACUCCCUUAUCUUCUUCUUGUACUUGAGUGAUAUAUGUGCUGUCAGUGGAGAAUGUGGAGUUCGCUACCAUGGAUAACGAGAGAAGGUGUUGGUGGUGCAACAGAUCCCGAUGCAGAGGUGGUGGCGCUGCAGCCGGAGGAUCUGCUGGCGACGGGCCGAUACAUCUGCGAGGUGUGCGGGAAGGGAUUCCAGCGGGAUCAGAACCUGCAGCUGCACAUGCGCACCCACAACAUCAACUGGGAGCUCAAGAAGAGCGGCGGCACGCCGGCGCGACGCAAGGCCUACAUCUGCCCCGUGCCCACCUGCGUCUACAACGACAGGUCCCGCGCCCUCAGCGACAUCACCGGGAUCAAGAAGCACUUCAACAGGAAGCACGGGACCAAGAAUCUGAUAUGCCCUCAGUGCUCCAAGCCCUAUGCCGUGGAGGCGGAUCUCAAGGCCCACCUGAAGAACCACAUCCUGCGCGACCAUCAAUGCGAGUGCGGCAGUACCUUCUCCAGGUGA